UUAGCUUUGCUGGAGGAGGUUGAGUUCUCACGCGGUCGGUUCUGCGGGCAAACAAAGGGGCUCGAGAAGCAAACUCUGCAACAUUCGCCGCACAAACAUCUCAAGGGGGGAAAGAAACGGUUCCUAAAUAGCAAACGUGCAGCCAUGCCAGCCAAUGAUAACAGCAACCGCCUGCAGAUCCAGUUUGGACUCAUCAACUGCAGCAAGAAGUACCUGACGGCAGAAGCCUUUGGCUUCAAGAUCAAUGCAUCGGCAACCACCAUGAAGAAGAAGCAGAUCUGGACUCUGGAGCAGAAUGGCGAGGAUUCCAGCGUGGUUUUCUUCAAGAGCCACCUAGGCAGGUACCUGGCUGCCGAUAAGGACGGGAACGUGUCGUGUGAUAGUGAGCAGCCAUCCGCCGACUGCCGCUUUCUCAUCGUCGCCCACGAUGACGGCCGCUGGUCCCUGCAGUCCGAGCCGCACAAGCGGUAUUUCGGCGGCACAGAGGACCGCAUCAUCUGUUUCGCGCAGACCAUCUCAGUGGCGGAGAAAUGGAGCGUCCACAUUGCCAUGCACCCUCAAGCCAACAUUUUCAGCGUGACUAGGAAGAGGUACGCGCAUCUCAGCGACAAGGACGAGAUUGCCAUUGACCGUGACUGCCCCUGGGGUCUGGACUCCCUCAUCACCUUGGUCUUUCAGGACCAGAAGUACAGCGUGCAGACUAGCGACAAUCGUCUGCUCCGCAACGAUGGCCAGCUGGUGGAGGGGCCCGAGCCCGCCACCGGCUACACCCUGGAGUUCAGGUCAGGCAAAGUGGCCUUUCGGGACUGUGAGGGCAAGUACCUGGCGCCUUCGGGCCCUACAGGCACCAUGAAGUCCAGUAAAAGCACCAAGGUGGGCAAGGACGAGCUCUUUGUCCUGGAACAGAGCUACCCCCAGGUCGUCCUGAAGGCUGCCAACGGCAGAAAUGUCUCCAUUCGGCAAGGUAUGGACCUGUCCGCUAAUCAGGAUGAAGAAAGUGACCAAGAAACCUUUCAGCUAGAAAUCAACAAAGAAACUAAGAAAUGUGCUUUCCGGACCUGUACUGGAAAAUAUUGGACACUGACUUCGAAUGGAGGGGUACAGUCUACUGCCUCUACAAAAAGUGACAAUUGUUACUUCCAAAUAGAGUGGCACGAAAGGAGAAUUGUUCUGAAGGCUGCCAAUGGCAAAUAUGUGGCUGCAAAAAAGAAUGGGCAGCUUUGUGCCAGCAUAGAAACACCAACGGAAACUGAAGAGUUUGUAAUGAAACUCAUCAACAGGCCUAUAAUAGUUCUUCGUGGAGAGCAUGGCUUUAUUGGCUGUCGGAAAGUGACUGGAACCCUAGACUCCAACAGAUCUUCAUAUGAUGUCUUCCAUCUGGAGCUUAAUGAUGGAGCUUACAACCUUAAAGAUUCUACUGGAAAGUACUGGAUGGUUGGAAGUGACUCCUCUGUUACCAGCAGCAGUGAUAAACCUGUGGAUUUCUUGUUUGAAUUCUGUGAUUACAACAAGGUUGCAAUUAAAAUAGAUGGGAAGUAUUUAAAGGGGGACCAUGCAGGUGUGCUCAAGGCAUCUGCUGAUGCCAUUGACUCCUCAACUCUGUGGGAGUAUUAAAUGCACUUUAUGUGGCUUCCCAGCAUCCAUUUCUUGCAGUAUCCCACUAUGGGCUGCGAUGCCUGCCCUUCUUUCACAUCAUAUUGCAACCAUUUUUUUAAAGAGAAAUUUUGUAUAUUCAUCUUGGCUGUAGCUGCUAUUAAAGAUCUUUCCUAGAUCUGUGCAGGGCAUUUAAAUUAUACUCUGACAGUCCCUUUAGCAUUCCUUUAGUGAGUUUUUUUCUGGACACUGUAACAUUGGCAAAGUUACGGUUAAGACUUGAUGUGCCUUUGCCACCUUACAGCUGCACUACUGCCAGAUGCCCUGGUACUGCAAGCUACAUUUGCCAUUGUUUUGGUUAUGCCAGGCUGGGGGCUUGAGACCACUUGCAGCCUCCCCUUGCAGAAGGAGGGGAGAGUUCAGCUCCCCGUGCUGACUAUAUACAAGAUUUUGCUGGGCAUGAAGCUGUGAAGGAAUAGCUAAAUUAUCUCAUCCUCUCUGCAGAAGACAGUUUGAUUCUCCAACUGUGCUCAUUCUCAAUUGCCUGAGCAAUUUUGUUGCAUGCAGUAGUUAAAAAGCUAUCAGUUUAUGCAGACCCAACAGUUGCUGUGGUAAUUGAAAAAUCUAGCCAUAAUUUAUCCACAGAAUCUAGAAAUGCUCAAGAAUCAGGCUCCUAAGAGAAUGAUGUAGGAAACAAUACUUCCUAGUAGGCAGACACCUGAAAAUAUCAACCUCAAAUUCAUGACUAUGGAAUGACAUAAGCUGGUCUUGUGUUGUACGUUUCUAUUGUUUUUCCAUGCUGUAGUUCAAAAAGUUACUUCCAUGAUGAAUAAUUGUAGUAUGAGGAAGAUGCCAUAAGUUGGUAAUUGUGACCAUCUUAGUCAUCUGGCCAUCUCAUUUUAUUUCAACCUUGCAUUUAAGCAUCUGUGCCUCUUUACUGCCAUCUUUAAUACUUGUCAAUCCCUUAGUAUGGCUACUGGACUAUUGUAGAUGAGGGCUAUUGCUAAAAUUGGAAUGAUUUAACAAAAAAAAAAAAAAUUCUUGAACUGGAAAAUUUAGCAGAGCUUCCUCUGAUUCUACCUAAUUUUCUGUGGCUCAAUAUUGAACUGGAUAACCCAGAAGGUUUGCUAACCAUCUCAGUUGAGUCCCCACCCCACCUCCAAAAGUAAAGACCAAAGUCAGUGUCUCAAAUUCUGGUUCUAGCUGAAAGAUGGACAGGCAUUUGGACCAUAACCACUGCUUUAUUGAUCCACGGUAGGAUCAUCUUAAUGCAAUGUUGCCAUGUACUUUAUGGAGACUGCAUGUGGUCUUGUAACUUGUUGUGGAGGGAUAUAUUGCCAAACCCUGCUUCUCUGUAAUGUGAAACCUUUGUAUAUUAUUCUCAAAAGCAAAUUCAACUGGAAUAAUGAUAACCAAGAAUAUUGCAAAUGCUAUAACCUUACAAUUUGUGGUAUCUUAAAUUCACUUUUUUUAAAAAAAAAGAGCUAUUUGGUCCAUUAGUCUUGUGUAAAUUACAAUAUACAAUUGAAAAAUCACUGGUAUCAAUGUCAACAUCAAAUUUAAACUUGGCCACCAACAGACAUUAAGACAUAAGAUUUCACCUUUAAUGUCAAGUUCCAUACACAUGUGUCUUGUAGAAUUAACACCGUACUUUAAACUUUCCAUUCAAUCAAUCAUUUGUAUAACUUGGAAUGUCAUGUCAAAUAAAACAAUGUUGCAUAU